AGGUCCAACCUACUGCACGUGGCCAACGAUCAGACAUACCAAACCCUGAAACCCUUCAGCCUUCCACGACCGCUACAAUUAAUACAAAUUAUAUCUUCAUAAACCGCUCCAGCUCCACUCCCCCCUGCAGAGCCAAAACAGAGAAAACCUCCAUGGGCGAAGCAGACACUUCUCUUCACUUCCUCUUCGUCUCCUUCCCCGGCCAAGGCCACGUCAAUCCCUUUCUCCGCUUCGCCAAGCGCGUAGCCUCCAAAGGCCCUCUUGUCACCUUCUCCACCACAAUCGAUUUCGGCUCCCGCAUCCGCGCCGCUUCCCAAUCCAACUUCCCCACGGACUCCGACUCCGAUUCCGACUCCGAUCUCAUCCCCGUCGGUCUCGGCUUCCUCCGAUUUGAAUUUUUUAACGAGGGGGUCGAUCCCACCGACACCGGUGACAUUCUCUCCAACCUUAUGCGGAAACUUGAGGCCAACGGCCCCUCAGCUCUCGCCGAUCUCAUUCACCGUCAAUCCGCCGCGGGCAGACCAGUCUCCUGCCUUGUCAAUAACCCAUUCAUUCCUUGGGCUCUCGAUGUCGGGGCUGAUUUAUCCAUCCCCAGCGCGGUGCUCUGGAUCCAAUCCUGCGCCGUCUUCUCCAUUUACUACCAUUUUCACCACCGUCUAGUCGAUUUCCCCACCGAAGACAACCUCGAAACCCAUGUCCAACUCCCAGGAAUCCCACCCAUGGCUCCCGACGAGCUCCCCACUUUCAUCCUACCAUCCAACCCUUACAAGUCGUUGACAGAGGCGAUCCUCGCACAGUUCCACAACAUCAGCAAGGCCAGGUGGAUCUUCGCCAACUCCUUCGAUGAGCUUGAGCAUGAUAUCUUUAAGUCCUUGGAAGAAGUCGUCCCCAUCAUUCCCAUCGGCCCAUUAGUCGACGUCGGCGAGAAGUCCUUUGAGGACAAGAUUAAAGCCGAUCUAUGGAAAUCUGCCGACCACUGCCUCGACUGGCUCGAAACUCAGAAACCCAAUUCGGUGGUGUACGUCUCUGUCGGAAGCGUCGUCAUGCUUUCCGCCGACGAGAUGGCCGAAUUCGCCUUCGGACUCAGGAAUUCCGGCCGGCCAUUUCUAUGGGUGGUGAGGGAGGAUGUCCGGGAGCUUCUGCCGGAGGGGUUCGAAAAGGCUGUGGAGGCGGAAGGGACGGCGAUGCUGGUCGGUUGGAGCCCGCAGGAAAAGGUAUUGGCUAGCAAAUCCGUCGCAUGCUUCAUUACCCACUGUGGCUGGAAUUCAACCCUCGAAGCCAUGGCCGCCGGCGUGCCGGUUAUCGCCUACCCUCAAUGGGGCGACCAAGUACCGGACGCCAAGUUCCUCUGCGACAUCUGUGGAAUCGGCGUGAGGCUACCGGCGCCGGCGACGAGAGACAAAGUGGAGAAGUGUGUGGCGGCGGCUAUUGACGGAGAAGAGGCGGUGAAGAUGAGGAGCAGGGCGGCUAAGUGGAGGGAGGCGGCAAGGCAGGCUAUCACCGCUAACGGAUCUUCGGACCGAAAUAUCGAGAAAUUCGUUGAUGAUGUUCGUAAAUGGGUCGCCGGCGCCGGUCGUUCCUCGGUUCAUUGCAAUGGUAGCCUUUGAUUUUCUUCAGACGAAGAUAAUUGACGUAAAUUGCGUUAGAAUAGGGUUCUAUUCGUUAAAUUUUUAUUAAAAUUAGUGUUAUCUAUAAAAUUAUAAAAAAAAUUACACUAAUUUUAAUAUUAAUUUAAUGAUUUUAACUUUAUUUUGAAGUAAUUUACGCCAUAUAUGAAAAAAAAAAUUAUUAUAUUAUCUUAAAAUAAAUUGGUUUCAAAUUUCUAGCGUGAUUUCAAAAAUAGUAUUGAGUUGUACUAUUUAUAUUUAUGUUAUGUAUAUUUAUUUGUUUUGUUGCAA